AUGUUCAGAUACAGAGAUGCCAGCAACUUUGAAAAUGCCACACGAAGCGAUUUCAAAAGCCAUUACCACAAGAUCCAACGGUUGAUCAAUACCCGAGUCCACUUGAGUUUGAAGUAUGACCAGCUAAGAUCUCCCGAGAUCCGCGCAACCUUGAUGCUGCCGAUUACCCACGAGAUUGUUGCAAUUUGCGAGUCGACUCUGCUAAAUCUCGACGUUUGCACCCACCUCAUCUUUAUUCUUUUGCUACUCCGAUACGAGUAUUUUAUACAGCUGGAAAACAACCUAUUAUAUUUCGACCUCUUGUCCACAAAAGCCAUGGUUUGCGAGAUCUUGGCGGUGAGGAUGUUGAGAGAGUACAAGUCCCAGCAAAGAAUCAAGAUGUUGUUCUACAAAUGCCCGCACCCGAUCAAGAUCAACGGGGCAGAGCUCGAUAUCAACACGUUCGAGCUUGGAGUGCUAACACUGCUGAAGCUUUUCCUAUCGCAGCCCAUCAUUAUCCAAAUCUUGGACCGGUUCUACGAAGGAGAUUUGGUGCAAAGUGAAAAGUACAUGCGCGAGGACGAUGAAAAGAGCCUACUUGGCGACGAUUUCGGCAAUCUCAGAGCGGGGCGCCGCAUUUCCUUUUCUCGUCUUUUUUACAAAGCAAACGUUGUUCCUCGGUACCAGACCCUCGCACUCAACUUGAAGUUGAUUGUGUUUGCCGCGUUGUACUUUGUGAUGAUGUUUGGACCCGUGAACUGGAUCACGGAAACGUCAUUUUGGGUUCUUGGCGUUAGUCUCAACUUGGAGUUGUUUCUCAAAGUCACGCACAUUGACCACAGGUUUUUGAACAUGAUUCUUUGGAACCACAUCGACUUGUGGUUGAUCAUAAUGCUCGACGCUAGCUUUUUGAUGCGUUUUUUCGUUUUGAGGCACUAUUACACGGACAUUUUCAGUUUGAUCGGCGUCAUCUUGUUCCCGCGCUUGCUUUCCGUUUUCAGCAACUACAAGUCGUUCAACUUGAUUGUGAUUUCGUUCAACAAGAUGAUUUGGAACUUGGUUGGAUUGGUUUUCUUUUUCUUUACCUUGAUUAGCGGGUUUUACUUCAGCUUCAUCGCCUUGAACCAGGACCAAAGCAAAGGGGUCAUCUUGUUCAAUAUGGUCAAGAUCUUUUUCGGGUUUACACCCUCGGUAUGGGACAACUGGGAGUACUUCAACACGUUGGGUAAAAUGAUGCAAAUGCUCUACCUAUUCUUGAUCCAGUUUAUCGUGGGCACGAUUUUGGCGAUAUGUUUGAGUGGGAUUUUCCUCAAGGCUCGCGAGAAUAUGCAGCAGGAGUUUUAUUACUAUAAACUGAAAAACAUGGUGCUGUACUUUCGCAUGGCGAAAUUGAACCAGAGGCGGAAUUUGCCAAACUAUUUCUUGCAGUUGUUCAAGGCUCCCGUUGUAUUGGUGAUUUUUGUGGACGAGUUUAUUCUGACGGCACUGCACUCUCGACGAAGCCCAGGUGGCAACUUGAAGAAUUUCGUCUUUUUCAAAAGCGAUGAGCCUUUUGGCGACGCGGGAGCCAAUGAAAGAAACCAGAUAUUUUUAAAGAACCACCAAUCAUUGAGCACGUUGGGUGGCGGCCAAUUGAGAACGGGAUCAACAGAUUCGUUUUUCAUUGACCAGCUUUUGAGUCGCAAAUACGGCACGGGCAUGGGGACUGGCAUCUCCCUGAGUACGGAAAUGGGCACGGGGAAGAUUGAAAAGUCGUCAAACAACGAAGACCGCAAAAUCAGCUCCAAGAGAAUGCUUCUGCCAAAUGCGCAGCCUCAAAGCUUGCAGCGGCUAUCCAGUGCACAUCGCCGCCACUCUUUGUUCCAUCAAUCGUCGCCUUCUUGUCAACAGACGCCUGCCGCAUUCAACAGCAACAUGGCUGGCGGACUACUAUCGAGGAUAACUACAUUGGAACACUUGAAGGCCAAACGUAGCAUCUCAAGCGACGCCGAUGACAAUAAACUGGUUUUGAUUUACGACAUUGCAGAAAUCGCUCACGAUGACGAUGACCUCGAGAAAGACGGAGAACUGAUAAGUUCCGAAAUCGACUCGCUCGAGAAUAGUUUGGAAGCAACGCCACCUAUGCAUGUUGGCUCUAUAGCCGAAAGCGAUCUUGACCAUUAUGACAGCGAUAGAACUUUCCAGCUUCAGCAUGGGUGA